ACGCAGCACGGGAACAGGAAGACACCAGCGCUGGCACCGAGCUAACGUUUCCAUGUAGCUUUGUCAACAUGCACGUCCGCAGUUCCGCUUCUAACGCCGGACUUGCUGUGUCUUUGAAAGGCGGUUGGUAGGUUUACGAUGCCAGCGUCCGGCGAGCCGAGCUAGCGAAGCUAGCGCAGUUGUUAUCCGUUGUGAAGCCGAAUCCGUUGUUGUUAGCAUCCGUUAGCACGAACAUGGCGAUUGUGUCUGGCUCCUGCGCUCGAGUCAACGGCUCCAGAAACGGGCCCGCCGUCGCCGGGACGCCGUCCGGGUCGGUGGGCCAGUCGCAGCCCAUGAUAGCAGUGUGGGAAUGGCAGGACGACCUGGGCUACUGGCGGCCGUACAGCGGCCAAGUGAGCGCCUACAUCGAGCGGUGCCUGUCUCCGCGGGGCCAGCGAGCAGCGGGACCCGGCACCACCAGCAUCUGCCUCGGACAAUCAGACCCCAGCUUGUCGCCGUAUCUCAUCGACAUACCCAGCCUCAAACAGUUCCGACAGGAUACAGGUAAGACUCGAUCGGUCCGCCGGUCCCUCUUCGCUCAGUCCUCGGGCCUGGGCAGCGGCGUGUACUGGGAGUGGGCCAACGACGAAGGAGGGUGGACCCCCUAUGAAACUCGAACCUCCAUCCUGCUGGAGCACAGCUACCAGGCCCGGCAAGGCACAGCAGACCUGGGCACACACGGUUACAACUACAUCGUAGACCUCACGUCUCUGGCCCAGGUGAACAAAUCCUCGGGCUUCAGGCGGCAGGUGCGAAGGCAGUGUAACCUGCCUUACCCGCUGGCGUCCUUCGGCCCCCCAGCCAUUCCCUCAGCCCCUGCCUGCUCAUGCCAGCAGUGUCUGAGCCACAGCAGCACCGGGCCCAUACCCAGUCGGUCCCGACAUUCCUUUUCAUCGGGCAGCCUGACUCGGCCGAGUCUCCACGGGCCGGGGAGAGCUGCCGCCGCUCACACCACUUCUGUGUACUCUCCAUACCCAAGGAGGCCCCUCUCUGUUGGAGGGUUGUCCUGGGGAAGCCCAUGGCCUCCGCCGCCGUCCGCCAGCCAACUGGCUGCACCGCUUCUGGGCAGCUCCACCAGUGCCAACGGGUUAAGUGUUCCUUCCAUCCCAGUGCAGCUGAACGGCUCCACCAGCGUCAGCUCGGCCCUGGCAGGCAUGGCCUCCAUUUUGAUGUCGGCAGUGGGACUCGGCGUGCAUUUCACCAGCGCCCCACUCCCACAGCACCCAGCGCCGCAGCAGCUCCAGCAGCCCGCUCCCUUCUCUCUUCCACCUCCUCCUCCUCUCCUCCCCUCCGCCAGCAGAACCUGCAAACCUCACAGCAGCAGCAGCAGCAGCAGCAGCAGCAGAAGUUCAGUUAGGAGAGCAAAGAGGCAGCACAGGAGAGCCUCGGCGCAGAGACCCGAGGAGGUGAUCCAGCGCUACAUGGAGGUGGUGGCUGGAGCGGCCGACGAGGACUGCAUCAUCUGCAUGGACCAGCUGUCCAACCCUUCUGGCUACGAGACGCCGACAGCAGAGGACGGACGGAGCCUGCUGCCGGACGCCGUCGGCAAAUUCAUCAAAUGCGGACACACGCUGCAUAUGCUCUGCAUGCUGGCCAUGUACAACAACGGCACCAAGGACGGCAGCCUGCAGUGUCCCUCCUGCAAGACAAUCUACGGAGAGAAGACGGGAACGCAGCCCAAGGGCAAGAUGGAGAUCUACAGCAUCGGCCAGUCCCUGCCGGGACACCCCGACUGCGGGACCAUCCAGAUCGUCUACAGCAUCCCGCCGGGGAUUCAGGGGCCGGAGCACCCCAACCCCGGGCAGCCCUUCACCUGCAGAGGGUUCCCCCGCUGCUGCUUCCUGCCCGACAGCGACAAGGGGCGGAAGGUGCUGGAGCUGCUGAAGGUGGCGUGGAUGAGGCGGCUGAUCUUCACCGUGGGCACAUCCAGCACGACCGGCGAGCCCGACACGGUGGUGUGGAACGGGAUCCACCACAAGACUGAGAUGAUGUCCAACAUCACGGGCCACGGCUUCCCCGACCCCAACUACCUGGACAACGUGCUGUCGGAGCUGGCGUCGCAGGGCGUCAGCGACGAGUGCCUGCUGGCCGGCGGCAGAUAGGUGGCGCCGUCACCAACACACACACACCCACCCACACUCACAUUCCCCCCUCUCUGCCAUCACGCCAGACCCGCAUGGGUCGAGACUGGGUCCCGCCCGAGGGUCUUUCCCGCCCGUGUCCUGGUCUGAUCUGGGACGGAGAAGUCGGCGCCUGUGUGAUGUCAUCAGCACGCGUCAGCAGGCCGUGUCAUCGAGCCUUUCAUGAAUGUUAGAAGCUUCAUGACGGACAGGAGCGUCCAAGUAGAAUCACAGGGAAUAUCUCCAACCUUCUGCCUCUGCGAGGACGUCAGACUAUAGUCGCGGCACUCAGAGAUUAGACAGGGGUCGGGGACCUGAGGAGCCCUCGUGUCUUGAAACGCAAUUCCAUCAGAGCCACAUGAGCCAUAUACACACACAAAACAGUUUUUAGUAUUUAUUGCAGCGAUGAAGUUCCCAUGCGACAGGUGGAUCGAUGUUCUGUGAAACAGUGAGGUGGAACCGUCUCGCGCAGCACAUCCUGCUACUGCUGCAGCUGAGCGCAGCAUGGAUCCCAUCACUGUCAAGAACAAACUCCGUUACGGUGACCUAAACACUUCCCAUGAUGCUGUGCAGUCCAGUCAAACAAUCACAGUGGUGGAUUGCUACAACAGGGCUCCGCCUCCACAGCCGGUCAGCUGAGCAGCGCAGCGCUCAGAAGUGAGGAGGGAAGAAAAAAAAAACAUAAGUUGGAAAACAUAAGGACAGAAACAUCCCAGUCAACAAACGCCAAUAAUUUCAUCAGUCCAAUGUGACGUGGCUCGAUCUUAGCAGCGGUUUAGAGCAUCAUGGGAAGUCACCGUUACUGAGCUGGCUCUUAGGGUGAUGGCACCUCACGUGCUACCGAAUGUUACAGGAUGGUAAACUCAGACUGCAGUUAGAAAAACUGCCUCUUUUUGUGACACGCUUUUGCUCUUCAAGCGCUGGUGUCAGAAACCUGUAGAAAGAUCCAGACUCCUCCUUCAAAAGAGCCGCAUAGGUUCCCGACCCCUCCACCAAGAGAUUACGGAAACAAUGGGGAAACAGAACUAAGCAAAAGCAAAGUAAAAGUUAAGCAUCAGGAAAAGUCGUACGGAUGUUUGGGAAUAAAUAUAUAGAGGAAACAACAGUGGCGCUGCCCAGUUCCUGGACACUGGUCUGGAGUGGGCGUGGCCUGACGUCGGCCUGAAGCUUGGGCUCUCUUUUCCGAAUCUAUUUACGUCCGCUGAUUCACUUCUGCCGCGACAGAAGGAAGACGACAAGAUUAAAAAUGGAGCUUCAUUUCGAUGCUUCAUUUCAAAUGAAUAGUAAUAAGAAUUGUGUUGAGAUCUGGAUUUAUUGUGACGUUUUCUGCUCCAGAUGUGUCGGAUUUAGCCCUGACGUUGUGAAGACAUUACACUACGCGAAACUUGAAGAAGCAGACGCACACACAAGCAGUUGACGUUUCAACUUGGGUCCUCCCUCCUGGAGCCUGGAGUCUCACCCGCAUCCUCGAGCGACGGAGGAUGGAAAUCUCAUGAAGCACUUUAGUCCCGUCAAGUUAGAAAGAAACAAAACGCAGCUCACAGAAAUUUGGGAAACGAUGCAAUGGAGAGGAACGCGACAUUCGACUGGGAGUUGGUGUACAUACGGCUAGAUGUUUAGCUUUGACACUUUUUUUAAGAGAAGUUGUGACUUUAGUUUGUUCCGAUGUUUUUUGUUUGUGAGAAAAGUGAAAUAACCAGACGACCUCGAAAGCAUCGUCGGGACAGGAGACCGGACCGGACCACAAACUCCGGAACAACAUCUCAAAACUUUUCAUGAAAAUGUAUGUUUUUACAGUUAUGAAUUUUUAACAUGAAAUAAAAUCAUGUAAAAGUUAAACACUGGAAACAAGUUCUGGUCUUAAUGAGUUAUAGAUGUCUUUUUACGCACAUUUGAUUUAGAAUGUCAAUAGUUUUCAAGUGCACAGUUAAGAAAAAUUGAACCGGUAAAAGUGAAAAAUGAAAUUCACCGUUCAGGGAGAGGGGUUUGCGAGAGGUGGCAGUUCUUGGGUUUGUCUCCGGCUCCGGUCCCGUGUUCAAAGAUGAAGCGUUUUGGAAAAAAUAAACUCUCCAGUUUAGAAAAUGUUUCAUCGUGACAAUCAACGUCAUCAAACUCCAGAACAUGAACGCUGUCGCCCGGCGACGAGUCGGAAAUAAUUCUGCAAUAAAUAAAGUCCGAACAUGGAAA